AUGUCCAAUCCUAGUUCGCCCAUAUCAGAAACAGGAUCAUGUCAUACAUCACCUACAAUGUUACCUCCUUCGGCGUCGUUAUUGGCACGUCCCAUGUCACCGCAGGAAUCACUUCUCACAUCGUCCCUUGCCAAUGAGAAAGUGUCAAAAAGUAACGGAAUCCAGAUUAGGUCACUGGGUUCUACGUCUAAUGAUUCAAUGGCACAUGAUGAUUUUGUUGAUGACCAUCCAGAACCGGAACUCUUAGCAUCUUCUGUUGGGAAGGAAAUCGGUGGUAGAUUGAUACCUUCAUCGUCAACCAUAUCACUUCUUUCUCUUAGUGAUAAACAACAACAACAAAUGCAAAGUGCACAGUCUACUAUAGGACAGCAGGGUGGUCAGAACAUGGGAUUUGGUGCCAACUAUACAUUGACAAGUCCUACAAUGACCUCAAAUGUUAUUGGUAAAACUCCCUCCAUCCCUAUUAAGACAGGAUUUGUUGUUCCUUCACAACCUCAACAUUUAAACAUAGCUUCAGGUCAAGGUAUACAAGCUCCAAUGAAUGCAUAUAAUAGGACUUCAUCAUUUUCUCAUUUGAAUCAAGUUCGAAUGUAUCCUUAUCAACAAAGAUUGACCUCACCUCCUCCUGCUAAUACCAAUGGUUCAGGUGUUCUUUCAGGGCCUGCAAUCUCCGGACCAAUUACAUCGAUAUCCAACUCUACGGCUACCUCGUCUGUGACAUUGCCUAGCACUCCUCAGAUACAUGAUCAACACGCUUCUUUGACUUCCACCCAACCUAUAAGCAUAAGAUCGUCAUAUCAACAAGCAGUCCCUCACCUGAUGGCAUAUCAACAACAAAUACAUGGGAUCAAUGUUGCAGGAAGAGUUCCAGAUUCACCUAAUUUAAAUCCUACAUCGUUGGGAGCAUCACCUUCUCGAUUCUGGCUCUCUUCGCAAACACCACCACAGUCCUUAACCCAUCCUACAUCCAUGAUGGCUAUGUCACAUGGAGGAGGAAGCCAUACACAACCCAUUGCCAUUGGAGGCCAAGCUAGAUUUGGGGGAGAUCACUUCAAGUCUAGUGGCAGUCCUGUCCUCAAUCCCGUACAGACACCAAAGGAAGAACCUCCUAUGACUCCAUUGUAUUUGGGUGACUUGAAUCCAACCGAUUCAUCGGCAGGAGAAGUUGGUCAAAAGACCGAGUACUUUAAUGACUCCAGUAAAUCCAAUUCUGGAUAUGGUAAUGGUAACCGAGGUCCUGGAUCUGGGUCUCAAAGGGCACAUCCAACUUUAGCAACAAUUCUCAAUAAUUUCUUCACUAGUUCAAUGUCGUCAACAACGCAAUUAGCAGACACAAUUCGUGCAGAGAUUCCUCAAAGUGACAUAUCUCAAGUUCUCAUCGAUGCCUUAACAGAAUCUCUUACUGAAGAUCCCCAUUUUGCAGAGUUCUUGGCUCCAGAACAUAAGAAUAAAGGUGUACCCCCAGAAUUCAUUACAGAUUUACCUCGUGUAGAGGUUUCAGAUACUUCAAAAUACGAUCAGUGUCCCAUUUGUACUAAUGCCUUCAAAGAUGACCCGCAUCCUUUGGUGAUAAAGUUGCCAUGUAAGGCAGGUCACUUGUUUGACUUGGAAUGUAUUGAACCGUGGCUCAAAUUGAACAGCACUUGUCCCUUGUGCCGUGUGGACGUGUUGGAUGUUGUUCGGGAAAGAAAAUUGGCAUUGCAGAGAGAAGUCAAUAAAAUCAAGGAAGAAGACAGUGAAGAUGACGAUGAAGAUUGGUCAAUGUACGGUUGA